GCAAAGGUGCUUCCCCUCCAUUCCCAGCUCAUUGGCGGCCUCCCAUGCCUUCUGUGAUCACACUCUCUGAUAGUUAUCCUGCGGGAAUCAGACCAUUUUUUUUUAACCCAGAGCUCUUCAGCCGCAGGAAGGAGAACACGUCGGCGGACACCUAAAAUGCCUGAGUAGGCGUGGCUUUAGGACCGGAAGAAGCUCCCGUUGCCAAGGGAACGCCGCGCGCUGUGGCGCCUGCUCAGCCACUGAUGCUCCCAUCCCGAGUGAACCCGCCGGUAACCCCAACUUGUAGAAGAGGCUGUGCUUGGAGCAGAGUAACCUUCCUACGAAGGCAUAGAGAGGAAGGCUGAGGUUCCUGGGGAAGAUCCCAUCGCGGAGACGGGUGCAAGAGUGCGUCCCUUCCUGUCCUUGUCAGCCCUAUUGCCUCUGGAUCGGCGUCAAAGAUCAGUUGCUGUUUAAAUAUUUAAGCCACAAUAUGGGAUUGCUGGACAGACUUUCAGGUUUACUUGGCCUGAAGAAGAAGGAGGUUCAUGUUUUAUGCCUCGGGCUGGAUAAUAGUGGGAAAACAACAAUCAUUAACAAACUGAAACCCUCAAAUGCUCAAGUUCAAGAUAUAGUUCCAACCAUAGGAUUUAGCAUAGAGAAAUUCAAAUCGUCCAGUUUGUCUUUUACAGUGUUUGACAUGUCAGGUCAAGGAAGGUACAGGAAUCUCUGGGAACACUAUUAUAAAGAUGGACAAGCCAUUAUCUUUGUCGUUGACAGUAGUGAUAAAUUAAGAAUGGUUGUGGCCAAAGAAGAGCUUGAUACCCUUCUAAAUCACCCAGAUAUUAAGCACCGUCGAAUUCCAAUCUUGUUCUUUGCAAACAAAAUGGAUCUUAGAGACGCAGUGACUUCUGUGAAAGUGUCUCAGCUGCUGUGUUUAGAGAACAUUAAAGAUAAGCCGUGGCAUAUUUGUGCUAGUGAUGCCCUCAAAGGAGAAGGACUGCAGGAAGGCGUGGACUGGCUUCAAGAAAAAACAGUACAAUCAGAUCCAAGCUGUGAAGACGUGAGAAGAUAGUCCCUGGAGACCUCAGCGAUGCUCAAUUAAUGGUAUCUAUGUAAGGCAUACUGAAUAAUCUCAAAUUUAUUUUAAAAGAUAUAUGCGACUAAGAAUAUUUUUACAACAUUCUGCUUGCUUUUGUGGACUCUGGAAGAACAUUUUAAGGACUUUAGGACUUGAGACAUUAUUAAUCUGGCCAUUAACUGUACAAAAUCUAAGAUUUCUUAGGAACUCCCUAGUUACCAGCUUCUUGUAAAAGUCUACACAUUGUUAUAAUCAAAAUGUGUAAAUACCACUUGUAAGCCAUCUCGAUAUCCUGUCAUGACUUAUAUCUUUAAUGUAUUUUUAUUUUUAAUUGUCUUCUAAAAGUUUAGUUUGUUGUAUUACUUUGAAGUGCAAAUUGUGUUAGGGAAACAGCCUUAAAGAUUUAUAAGGGAUCACAAGUAAUUAGUCUGUAUGUAAUUUUUAUUGUCACUAUCAAUAAAAAAAUGAAAUAUACCAA